GCCGGUUAAGAAUCUAUAAAUUCAUGGUCUCAUCCCUCUUUGUUUCAUAUUAGUUUUUCCAGUGGAGAUAACCCCUUUACCAAGGCACCAUUUCGUCGACAUGUUUUCAUCAUCAGAACAGUAUUUGAGUUUUGGUCUAAGAGUUGACCCCCAAUCUCCAGGAUGGUAUGAAAGUCUGACCAAAAUUCUCAAGACAAUCAAAGGAGCAACUUACACCAUCGAUGUGGAACAAGGGAUGGCUUUUGUUUCCGGCCGAGCAAACUCGAAAUCGAUCCUCAAAAAGUUGAGGAAAUCGGGUUUGGAGGUGGCUUGGAUCAAGACCGGGAAGCCGAAUAUUUACAGCAGCCACGGUCAUGGAUACUAUCAAACUAAUCCAUAUCUUCAAUACCCUUUUCAAUAUUUUCAUCCAUAUGGCUACUAUUCCACUCGUUAUUAUUAGAGCUGUUCAUCAUAGACAAAUUGGAUUUCAUUUUUUUAAUCGAUUUGUCUAUGAUUUUUUAUUUGAUCUUUUUUUUAGGAAAAACCUCUUUUUAAUCUGAUUAACGAAUCCGUUUUAUUAUUAGGAUUCAUAUCCGACAUAGUAGGUGGAGGUUUUUUUUCUACUUCACUAUUUUUUUUUGAAAUGGAAAUGAUAAUGGAGCAUUGUAGUAUUCUUGUGCAUGACUUGGAUUUUUUAUUUUCUUGUAUAAUUUUUGAAUACAUGAAU